AUGGCCCCCCAGCAGAUCAAGUUCAAGGUCGCCGACGAGUCCCUCGCCGCCUUCGGUCGCAAGGAGAUCGAGCUCGCCGAGCACGAGAUGCCCGGUCUCAUGGAGAUCCGUCGCAUCCACGGCCCCAAGCAGCCCCUCAAGGGUGCCCGCAUUGCCGGCUGUCUCCACAUACCGCCGUCCUCAUCGAGACCCUCGUCGCUCUCGGACCACGCUGCCGCCGCCAUCGCCGCCGCCGGUAUCCCCGUCUUCGCCUGGAAGGGUGAGACCGAGGAGGAGUACCUCUGGUGCAUCGAGCAGACCCUUACCGCCUUCCCCGACGGCAAGCCCCUCAACAUGAUCCUCGACGACGGUGGUGACCUCACCACCCUCGUUCACGAGAAGUUCCCCCAGUACCUCGACGGCAUCUACGGUGUCUCGGAGGAGACCACCACCGGUGUCCACCACCUCUACCGUGCCGCCAAGGAGGGCAAGCUCAAGCUCGCCGCCAUCAACGUCAACGACUCGGUCACCAAGUCCAAGUUUGACAACUACUACGGCUGCCGCGAGUCGCUCGUCGACGGCAUCAAGCGUGCUACCGACGUCAUGAUCGCCGGUAAGGUCGCCGUCGUCGCCGGCUUCGGUGACGUCGGUAAGGGAUGCGCCGAGUCGCUCCGUUCUUACGGUGCCCGCGUCCUCGUUACCGAGAUCGACCCCAUCAACGCCCUCCAGGCCGUCAUCAACGGCUACGAGGUUACCACCAUGGAGGACGCCGCUCCCCGCGCCAACAUCUUCGUCACCACCACCGGUAACCGUGACAUCAUCACUGGCAAGCACUUCGAGGUCAUGCCCGACGACGCCAUCGUCUGCAACAUCGGCCACUUCGACAUUGAGAUCGACGUCGCCUGGAUCAAGGAGAACGCCAAGGAGUGCGUCAACAUCAAGCCCCAGGUCGACCGCUUCACCAUGGCCAACGGCCGCCACGUCAUCCUCCUCGCUGAGGGCCGUCUCGUCAACCUCGGCUGCGCCACUGGCCACCCCUCGUUUGUCAUGUCCUGCUCGUUCGCCAACCAGACUCUGGCCCAGGUGGCUCUCUGGGAGGACCGCGAUGGCGACAAGUACCGCCGCGGGGAGGUGUAUGUUUUGCCAAAGACCUUGGACGAAGAGGUCGCUCGUAACCACCUCACGCAGCUUGGCGUUAAGCUCACCAAGUUGACCCCGGUGCAGGCUGAGUACCUGGACCUGAACCCCGAGGGACCUUACAAGCCCGAGCACUACCGCUACUAA